CAAACACACACCCAAUAUAAAAACGUUGACGGUUUGUUGCCAAAAAUUCAACAAUUCAACACUGUAACUGCCCACCAAACGGCCAAACCAGAGACGCAUUGCAUGCUCACCAUUCUACAAAACAAAAGAAAACAGAAAACAUUUUCAAUGAAUGAAUGAAUGAUCGUUACUGCACUGCGAAAUCUGGCUGUUUCAUAAUUCUACAUUUUGAUCUCCCACUCUCACUAUGUGGCGCUCCGUCUGGCGAUCGAUUGAUCGCUUCUCUCUUCAACACUUCAAAUAUGUGAUCAAUGAACUGCGACAGAUCAAAGUUGUGGACAGGAAUAACCGGGAAGUAGUCAUUGAUCUACUGCAAUCCCUAGUGGAGAUUGUUACAUACGGUGAUAGACAAGAUCCAAUGAUUUUCGAAUGUUUUAUGGAAUAUCAAGUUCUGGCCGAGUUUGUCCGUGUUUUAAAGAUCAGUAGAAAUUCAAGAAUUGAGGCACCAUUGCUUCAAUAUCUGAGUAUAAUGAUACAAAACAUGGGCAGCGAACAAGCAAUAUACUAUUGCUUAAGUAAUGACUACAUCAACAAAAUCAUAGAACACACGUAUGAAUUUGAUGCAGGAGACCUGGCUCCAUAUUACAUGUCCUUCUUAAGAGCAGUGAGCAACAAAAUUAACAGAGACACACUUUGUCUUCUUGUUAAGGUUUAUAGGGAUGUUGUGACUUCAUUUCCUUUGUAUACUGAGGCUCUUAAAUUUGCUCACCAUGGGGAAAAGAUGAUUCAAACGGCUGUACGUGCAUUAACACUUAACAUUUUUAACGUUAGUGAUGACAUGGUCUAUCAGUUUGUGGCAACUCCUCCAGCCUCAAAAUACUUUUCAGAUUUGGUUCAUAGCUUAAGAGAGAAAUGCAUUCUUCUUGAUGGCCUUGUCAAAGCUACAGAGGAAAAAUACACUGAUCAAAAGAAAAGAGAUAUACUUCUAGAAAGUGAUAAAAUCAUAGAUGAUAUGUACUACUUCAAGGAUAUUCUUUCUGUUGGCGAGUCUCGUUUGAGUAAAGUUGUCUCCAAGGAUCUUCUCAGCUUACUUGUCUUUCCUAUAUUGCUCCCCUUACUGCAGAUGCAGCAGAGUAAUGGAUUUCAUGUAUCUGCAGUUACUUCUCUGUAUAUAGUUUCUCAGCUUCUUCAAGUUGUUGGUGGAAAGAACAUCAUUAACUAUGUGGCUGUUGUCCUUUUGUAUCCUUAUAUGACCUUACACAUCAGAGAUGCUAUUGAAGGAGAAACAACUGAUGCUAGUAAUGCAUAUUCUUUUUACAACCUUUUGCAUGAGUUGGAAAUUGUGAAAUUUUUUUCUCUCAAGUCUGAAGGAGAAGAAGACGUGAAUGGAAACCACGUAUCUGCACACGUGGAAUCUAAUGCAUCAUCUAAUUCUGAUUUAGAUAGCUUCCCUAUGGAUGGGGAUACAUGUGUAGAAAGGAAAGGAAUUCUGGCAUACAUUAACUCAGAAAAUCACAUUCUAUUGUUCGCAUCCCUAUUUUUAUUACUUAUUUUAGCAGAAAAUAAAGAUCUUGAUAGUUUGAUGGCUUCGGCAAUUGGAUUAAGCGAAAUGCAAGAUACAACGAAAUAUGAUAUUUCAGCUUCAUUGGUAGGAAAAAGCAAUAUCCUCAUGAGACUUAUGCCUCAGGUUUUAAAUGCAUUAUUGAAGGUUUUAGCCAGCCAAGCACCAUCCUGUGCACUAAUACAAUUGCAUACAGGGUGGUUCUUGCAGAAGCUACUUAGUUUUCAAGGAAACAGACUCAAUGAUCACCAUCUCCAGCUUUUCAAUACUUCGUAUCAGCGGUCAUGUGAACGUCUUCAGAAAGAACUUGAUGGAGGCUGGUUUGAUCAAAUCCUGGAAACUUUGAGGGAUGAAUGGGCAAACUGUAAAACAGCUCUCGAGGAACCUUUGCAAUCCAAAAAUCCCUUGUUCGCGCUUGAGCUUGCUUUUUGCCAACAAACAACUGAUGGCAGCACAACUUCUUCCAAAUUUUCUUGGCAAACGAUGGUUGAUGCAGUGAAGGUUUUCACUCUCCAUGUUCAACUGAAGACGUUUAUUGUCAAAGGAAAUUUACUUGAGAACCCCUUUCUAGAAUUGACAAGUGGUCCUGCCACAGAUUCUGAAAUAUCCCAAUCUUCAGAUCUAUCAUCUGCAAGCUUUGGGUCGGAGGUUUUUCUAGGAUCUGGAUUCCCAUGCAGAAUUGCUUUUUCUAAUGCUGGGGUCAGGGAUAUCUACCUGAUACCUGUGGCUAGAGGAAUAUCUGGCAAACUGAUUCUUGCAGAGAAACAUCCUUUCCGAAGUCAACGAGGUGUUGUAAUUGCUAUAGCUCCACUGGCGGGUUUGAGUGUAAGUUUCGACAUUGGUAAAGCUGACAGUCAAAUUGUGUUUAUGAUAUUAAUGAGGUCAACUUUUUAGAGAUGCAUAAUAUUAGUGUAAUCUAAUCACUAAAUGAAGUUGCUUUUUCAUUAAUG